UCCCAAACUGCUUCUCUCUCUCUCUCUCUCUCUCUCUCUCUCUUAUAUAUGUAUUGAGUUUCCAUACGUUAUCUCAGACAACUUCACAUUUGGUAACAAAGGGAAAGAAGGCAUACCAUUACCAUAUUAGUUGUAUCUCUCUUUUCUUUCUUUUUUUAUUUUUGUUUUCCUUCUUUUCUCUUAGUUGGGUUUCAGUUUUCAGGUAUUGAAUUUCUUUUUUUAGGAUUUUCCCUCAGGAAGUUUGCUUGUUUGGGCUUGUUUCUAAUAGAGCAAAUUUGUAGAAAAGAAAGUGAAAUAUCAUAUAUAUAUUAUAUAUAUAAGGAGAAACUGAAAAAUGGGAAGGGGUAGGGUUGAGCUGAAGCGCAUAGAGAACAAGAUCAACAGGCAGGUCACUUUUUCCAAAAGAAGAAAUGGUUUACUGAAGAAAGCCCAUGAGAUCUCAGUCUUAUGUGAUGCUGAGGUUGCUGUUAUUGUCUUCUCCCACAAAGGAAAGCUCUCUGAGUACUCCACUGAUUCUUGCAUGGAGAAGAUAUUGGAACGCUAUGAGAGAUACUCUUAUGCAGAGAGACAGUUGGUGUCAAUGGAUUCUGAAACACAAUUACAGAUUAUGCAGGGAAACUGGACCGUGGAGUACUCUAGACUCACGGCUAAAAUUGAGCUUUUGCAGAGGAACCGUAGGCACUACUUGGGAGAAGACUUAGACUCGUUGACUCUAAAGGAUCUCACGGGUUUAGAGCAACAAAUUGAUAUUUCCCUUAAACAAAUUCGAGCAAGAAGAAACCAACUCAUGAACGAGACAAUCUCUGAUCUUCAGAAAAGGGAGAAGGCAGCGCGGGAGGAGAACAACUUGCUGGAAAAGAAGAUCAAGGAAAGGGGGAAAAUGGUGGCAGUAGAGCAGCAGCAGCAGCAGCAGCAGCAUCAGCAACAGAUGCAGUGGGAGCAGCAAAACCAUGGCCCUGGUACAUCAACCUACCUGCUUCAACAACCACUUCCCUGCUUAAACAUUGGGGGAAGUUACGAGGAUGGAACCCAAGAAGUUAGAAGGAACGAUCUGGACCUCACUCUUGAGCCAUUAUAUUCAUGCCACCUUGGAUGCUUUGCUGCAUGAAAAUAAAAUAUUAUAUAUAUAUAUAUAUAUAUUUCAAAGAGGACUCCCAUCUCUUUUAAUUUGGAAUUAAAUUUUUGGGUUUUUAUUCGUGGAACGUGGACUGGUGAGAUCAUCAUCCUUCAAGUCCCACAUGAUCUAUAUAUAUAAACAUAUAUAUAUAAUCCACCAAAAGCUACACUAUGUGAUAAAGUAUUACUACGUAGCUAUAUAUGUAUGACAAUUGUGUCAUGAGGGACCUUUCAUAUUUUCAUGCGUGUACUAUUACGUUGUAUAAUGCCUGACUUGUGGAACUUUGAUAUAUAAUUAGAUUAAAUUAGGGACAAGGAAUUUUUAACUAUAUAUAUAUGAACUAUAUUUUCUAUAUGCA